AUGUUCGACAACCAGUUUUUUCAGCGAAGCAGCCUGUGGCAGGCGUCUACUUUGCUAGACUUCACGCCUCUGUCGAAGGCUCAAAGGGAACACCUGACUAAGGUGUACGCUACUCUGGCCUUAUGCACCGUUAUUACGUUCGCCGGUGCCAUCGUGCCGUUGAGGUACUUGAACCACCACAGUGUACUGAUAGGUCUGGCCUACAUAUGCCUGGCGCUUUACGUCGUGUUCAGCGGCCCCCGCGUCGGUGGCCAACAGCAGCCUAUCAGUGUUAAAAGAUGCCUGGCCUUGUCUGGAAUGGCGUUCGCCCAAGGGCUUCUGUUGCGCGAGCUGGUCAUAUUCGUGCUCUACCUUAACCCAGAAAUUCUGACCACGUCACUGUUCGCCACGAUCGCCAUUUUUGCUUGCUUUUCAAUUGCUUCGCUGUGCAUGUCGUCUAGACUCGCACUCUACCUCGGUGGGCUGGCAACGUCUGUAUCGUUCUACAUCGUGCUGGUGCGACUGACCAACAUAUUCAUCCGCUCUAAAUUCGUGGAUGACGUCAGCGACAUUGUCAUGCUACUGUCCUUUUGCGGGUUCAUCAUACUCGACACGCAAAUUACUCUCCGCGCCUUCGACCACGGCUCGCGCGAUUAUGUCCUUCACGCCGUCAUGCUCUAUUGCGACAUAUUGAAUGUCUUCUUAAAGAUCACUAAAAUCCUGUGCAAGAAGGAGGAGAAGAAAAAGGAGAAGUCCGAGUCACGUUCCACCCUCUAA